UUUCAUUUUCGUUUCCUAUCCGACCCGUUCGAGGCGGUGAUCUCUCUCUCUCGCCCCCUCUCCCCCUCUGUGGAAACCCUCUGCCAGGGGGUUUUAGGGUUCAAAUUUUCUGCCAUCAGCACUCUCUGCUGGUAGAAGGGGAAGGAAAUGGGAAGGAGAAUACUGAAUGAGGCGCUGAGCAAGCUGGUGAAUGCAGAGAGGAGAGGAAAAGCCACUGUCCAACUUCAACCUGUCUCUAUUCUCAUGGCCUCCUUCCUCGACGUCAUGAAGCAACGAGGUUACAUAAGGAACUAUGAAGUUUCUGAUAUUCAUCGUGUUGGAAAGAUCGAUGUGGAACUGCACGGACGAAUAACUGACUGUCGGGCUCUUACAUAUAGGCAAGACUUAAAGGCUAAGUUUAUUGAGAAGUAUACAGAACGUGCACUUCCAACACGCCAGUGGGGAUAUGUUGUGAUUACAACUCCUAAUGGUGUCUUGGAUCACGAGGAAGCAGUCAAACAAAAUGUAGGUGGCCAGGUUCUCGGAUACUUCUAUUGAGAUCAAGCAGAGGAGUCUAUCGUUUUGAUGUCUUUGUGACAGGUAAAAUGGCCCCAGCUACAUGAGAACCUAUUGCAAGUUUAUGUGUUCACUGUUCAGGAACAUUCCUUGGAAUGCUUUUCAGCAUUUCUGAUGCUUUGUCUACUAUAGCGAUCUCUCCUUUCUUUUCCUUGACUAGUUUCUGCUUUUUGCGGUGCUCGGUGAAGAGCCUAGCCCCAACAGUAUGAAAUGCUCGGCGAGGGAAUUAAUUGGCAGGACAUGCAUUAUAUACCUCGGAGUCUUUCAAUAAUUUCCUUGAUAGGGUGGUGCUUCCCUAGUUACUGAAGAACCCGUCAACGUUCUUGUUAUAAUCGUAGGUCUUGGUAGUGGUGUUGCUGCUCUUUUUGAAAGACGACGGGUGUUUGACACUGAAGUGACCAUUCAAACUGGAUCGACAAAAAGGAGAUGCAACAGCUGCCUGAUUCUGGUUCUCGUUAUGUAACUAUUUCUUGUCCAUUUGGGAUCUUAGUUUUUAUGCAACCAUUGUUAACUAUUCUUCUGCGAUUACUGAAGCUUGUAAAACAUUAGUAACUUAAUUGGUGUAGCUGUUUUGUCCA